GACUUUUUUCCAGGAGUUAUUUCCAUCAAUAGCUGUCGACAAGUCCUGAAAGCAAACCGGAGUAUCAAAGCCGUUAACCCCCGUUAACCGUACGAAGGAGCCCCAAGCCUAUGAUGCUUAUAAGAGCCACCAUCCUGUCUGAACUGCAUCCACAGAAAUAUUUCCGUGACUGUCCCGCUAUUUCUUUGAACGGGAGCUAGAUGCAUGGUGAGGACAACCCAAAGGGACAUAAACAUGUAAACCCCUCAAUCUACCUCUCGGUACUGUGCGGUGUGUAUGUGAGCCUCGCGCCGACGCCCACCGCGCCCCGGCCCAGCUCAGAUCAGCGCCGUUGCCGCGCACGGCAUUGCUGAUCUUCUGAGCUUACUGAAGAUUGCAUGAGGGCAUGAGUCGUUCGCGUACCAAACAGCCACCUCCGGCUCCGGGUAACUGACUGUGAGCUGCAAAACUUCCAAAUUGCUGGUGGAUACACGUGGAACUCUUUCCUGACCCUUUCAUAAAACAUAUGAAUGACCAAUGCCGUAUCUGAAUAGAAAAAAGAGGAGGAAGCUAAGAAACGAUGUUUGUUGGGUCCAUUAGAUUAGCAGUAGGACAAAUACGACACAGCAUCAAGAGAUCCUUAACAAAAUCUCAUCCAUCCUCUGGGCACUACUUCACAGCAUCUAAGACCAUGUCAUCAAGGUCGUCAUCAAGGUCAUCCUCAAGAUCACCUUCAGUGGUCCUAUACAGUAUCUACACUGAAGGUCCAAGGGGCAUCAAGGAUAGUCUUCAGACCAUGUGUCCAAAGGUCUUUGAAGAUUGCACCGUUGUUGACUGGGAUGAGGAACCAUUGUCAGACAAAUCUGUAAGAAGUUUACGAGAAGCAGAAAUAAUAUUAAUGGAUCCACAUAAACUCCCUUCAUUGAUGACAGUUAUAGAGAAUGUGAAGUGGAUACAAUCUACAUGGGCAGGAGUUGACAGCUUUAUAAAUAAAUUUGAUCCUGCUCUGCUGCCCCCUAAGUUCACCCUUACCCGAUGUGCUGGUGUAUUUGGUGAUCAUAUGUCUGAGUAUGUCAUCGGCCAAAUUAUAUCUUAUGAGAGGUCUUUCAAGUUUCUGUGGGAGGCUCAACAAAAGACAGAAUGGGCCCUAGAUGAAUACACAGCUGAUAAGAGUUAUCACCUUUUGAAAGGAAGGACAAUAUCAAUCAUUGGUGCAGGAGAAAUAGGAACAGAGAUUGGCAAAGUUUGUAAGGCUUUCAACAUGCGUGUCAUAGGACUAGUAAGGAGAGCUGUACCACAGGAUCAACGUAAUGCUGCAUUUGAUGAAUAUAGGUUAACAGAAGAGCUUCCCUAUGUCCUUGAGGAGGCUGAUUUUAUUGUCAAUGUUCUUCCAAGUACCAAACAAACUGUGGGGCUCUUCACAGGAAACAUACUCUCUCAUUGUAAAAAGAAACCUAUGUUCAUUAAUGUUGGCAGAGGAGAUGUGAUUGAUGAAGCUAGCGUUAUUAAAGCCAUCAAGGAACGGUGGAUUUGUCAUGCAGUUCUAGAUGUUUUCAACCCAGAACCUCUCUCGAAGGAGAGUCCACUCUGGUCCAUGCCAGAGGUCACUAUAACUCCCCAUGUUUCUGCACAGACCCAUGGUCCAGAGAUGACAAAGGUUUUCAUUGAUAACUACCAGCGUUAUGUAAAUGGAGAGACAUUGAAACAUCAAGUCAAUUGGGUUGCAAAAUAUUAAUGGAGAGAGACAAUGAGACAUCAACUUAACUGAAUUGCAAAGUAUUGAGAAGUUAAAUGGAGAGACAAUGAGACAUCUACCUAACUGGGUUAGAAAGUGAUGUUGAUUUGAGAGACAAUGAGACAUCAACUCAACUGAGUUGCAAAAUAUCAGGAGGUUGAAUGGAGAGAUGUUGAGACAUCAAUCAACUGGUUUGCAAAGUAUUAAAAAGUUGAAUGAAGAGACAAUAAGACAUCAACUUAACUGGGUUGCAAAGUAAUAAGAAGUUAAAUGGAGAGGCAAUGAGACAUCAACUCAACUGGGUUAGAAAGUAUUAAUGGAGAGACGGUGAAACCUAUUAACUCAUCUGGGUUGCAAAAUAAUAAAAAGUUGAGAUUAAGAAGAAUAAGAAGCUUUCUUAUGUAGGGAAUAAAAGAGAAUGGUAAAUUCAUUUAAUAUUAGUCUGCGCAUACUUAGUCAUAACAAAAUUGUUGUGACGAGAUUUUUGAAACACAUUUUGAAAAAUGUUUCCUACUCAGAAAUAUGGAUUAAUACAGCCUGAAUUAUACUGUCACCUUCUCUUGACAUCAAUCAUGUUUUUUAAAGUUGAUGAAUGUCUGUAGUAAAACUGAAAGAUUUCAUCAUUAAAUUAGAACCAUUACUUCAUCUCCCUUGUGUCAGAAGGUUUGACAAAAGUAUUUGAGGUUAAAAGAAAGUGGCAUUCAAAAUUGUCUUGUUUGUAUUGAUAAUGUUAUCCUACUGGUAUGAAGAUAUCAUUUCUAUUCAAACAAAGUUAAUAUAAAACAUAAUUAUAGCAAUUUUAAAUUUCUAAUGGUAUCAAUCAUUAUGAUGUAUUGUUGAUAUUCUAGUUUUUAGAAUAUUCAUAGUUAUAUAUUGUAUUCAUUAAAAUAUAUGAAGGUAACAAUAUUGAAAUGAAAAUCAAGAGUUUCCUCCCGAUUCAUGCAGUCCAGCAUUUGUAAGCUAGUUUCAGCCCAAUAAUGAAGCAAUAAGCUUUGUUUUACAGGGAGCUGAUUUACCAAUUUCAAACAUGAAUACUGUACUCUGAUUGGUCAAGAGAUUAUGUAGGGAGGAGGAUUUAGCCACAAGAGCUUGAAAUUUGCCUAUUUGGUAAUUUGCAUGUACAAACCUGCAUUCUAACUGGUUGACAAUAUGUUAUAAUUCUGCACUAAAACAAAUGGCAAUUUACCCAAUCAUGCACAUAUUAGAUUUACAAAUCAUUUAUCUUUUAUUAAAUAGGACAGUGCUGGAAUGAUUUCAUGUCAAAUAUUUUUGGCAUAUAUUUUAUAACAGUACUAGUGAUUUCUGUAAUCAAUAUAUACAUGUAUUUUCUUUAUAAUAUAUUUUUGUAUUUACCAGAAUAUAACAGUUUCCGCUGUAAAAGGUACAUGGUUUCUAGCCUGAUAACUUGGUUUAGUGAUUUUUGCAGCAUGUUUUGUCUCUCAUUGUAACUGUCAAGUAAUUAUGGUCAAUGAAGUCAUUACAACAUAAAAAGUUGCUGCACAUUCAAUUGUUUAAUUUUGGAAUUGUUUUUAAUCAAUAUAAUAGCUUAUUGUAGAGUUUGAUUAUGAAUGUUAUGAUCUUGGCAAAAAAACAAAUGCAAUAAAGCUUUCUAAAAAGAAAUUCACAGUA